CCUGCAGAAACACUGAUGGACUCCACCACGGCAACGGCAGAGCUAGGCUGGACAGUGCGUCCACCAUCAGGGUGGGAAGAAGUGAGCGGCUACGACGAGAACAUGAACACGAUUCGGACUUACCAGGUGUGCAACGUCUUUGAAUCCAGCCAGAACAACUGGCUGAGGACCAAGUUCAUCCGCAGGAGGGGUGCCCACCGCAUCCACGUGGAGAUGAAGUUUUCGGUCCGGGAUUGUAGCAGCAUCCCCAACGUCCCCGGGUCCUGCAAGGAGACUUUCAACCUCUACUAUUACGAGUCCGACUAUGACGCCGCAACCAAGACGUUCCCCGCCUGGAUGGAGAACCCCUGGGUGAAGGUCGACACCAUUGCAGCAGACGAGAGCUUCUCCCAGGUGGACCUGGGGGGCCGCGUGAUGAAGAUAAACACCGAGGUGCGCAGCUUUGGGCCCGUCUCCAAGAACGGCUUUUACCUGGCCUUCCAGGACUACGGGGGCUGCAUGUCAUUGAUCGCUGUUCGCGUCUUCUACCGCAAGUGCCCACGCAUUAUCCAGAACGGAGCUGUUUUCCAGGAGACGCUCUCGGGGGCCGAGAGCACGUCACUGGUAGCGGCUCGGGGUACUUGCAUCCCCAACGCCGAAGAGGUGGAUGUACCGAUCAAGUUGUACUGUAAUGGGGAUGGGGAGUGGCUGGUCCCCAUUGGGCGAUGCAUGUGCAAGUCGGGCUACGAAUCGGUGGAGAACGGGACAGUCUGCAGAGGAUGCCCCUCAGGGACGUUCAAAGCCAACCAGGGGGACGAGGGCUGCGUCCACUGCCCCAUCAACAGCCGGACCACGUCAGAAGGAGCCACGAAUUGUGUCUGCCGCAACAACUACUACCGCUCAGACUCUGAUCCGUUGGACAUGCCAUGUACCACAAUCCCGUCAGCCCCACAGGCCGUCAUCUCCAGCGUGAACGAGACCUCCCUCAUGCUGGAGUGGAGUCCGCCCCGGGACUCAGGGGGGCGCGAGGACCUGGUCUACAACAUCAUCUGCAAGAGCUGCGGUUCGGGCCGGGGGGCAUGCACCCGGUGUGGAGACAACGUCCAGUUCACACCACGUCAGCUUGGCCUGGCCGAGCAACGCGUCUACAUCAGCGACCUGCUGGCCCACACCCAGUAUACCUUUGAGAUACAGGCGGUGAACGGCGUCACUGACCAGAGCCCCUUCUCGCCCCAGUUUGCCUCUGUCAACAUCACCACCAACCAAGCUGCCCCUUCAGCCGUGUCCAUCAUGCACCAGGUGAGUCGGACGGUGGACAGCAUCACUCUCUCGUGGUCACAGCCCGACCAGCCCAAUGGAGUCAUUCUGGAUUAUGAGCUGCAAUACUACGAGAAGGAUCUGAGCGAGUUCAACGCCACGGCAGUUAAGAGCGCCACCAACACUGUGACAGUGCAGAACCUCAAAGCUGGCACCAUUUACGUCUUCCAGGUGCGGGCACGCACUGUGGCAGGCUAUGGGCGUUACAGCGGCAAGAUGUACUUCCAGACCAUGACCGAAGCUGAGUACCAAACCAGCAUCCAGGAGAAGCUGCCGCUCAUCAUUGGCUCCUCGGCUGCAGGACUCGUCUUCCUCAUUGCACUGGUGGUCAUCGUCCUUGUUUGCAACAGAAGACGAGGAUUUGAGCGUGCAGACUCCGAGUACACCGACAAGCUGCAGCAUUAUACCAGCGGCCACAUGACUCCCGGCAUGAAGAUCUACAUCGACCCUUUCACCUACGAAGACCCCAAUGAGGCUGUCAGGGAGUUUGCAAAGGAGAUUGACAUCUCGUGUGUCAAAAUCGAGCAGGUGAUUGGUGCAGGGGAGUUUGGCGAGGUAUGCAGCGGCCACCUCAAGCUUCCAGGCAAGAGGGAGAGCUUUGUGGCCAUCAAGACGCUGAAAUCUGGCUAUACCGAGAAGCAGCGGCGGGACUUCCUGAGCGAGGCCAGCAUCAUGGGCCAGUUUGACCACCCCAACGUCAUCCACCUGGAGGGGGUGGUCACCAAGAGCCCCCCUGUCAUGAUCGUUACUGAAUUCAUGGAGAACGGCUCGUUGGAUUCCUUCCUACGGCAAAACGACGGGCAGUUCACUGUGAUUCAGCUGGUGGGGAUGCUACGGGGCAUUGCCGCUGGCAUGAAGUACCUGGCCGACAUGAACUACGUCCAUCGUGACCUGGCGGCUCGCAACAUCCUCGUCAACAGCAACCUCGUCUGCAAGGUCUCGGACUUUGGCCUCUCCCGCUUCCUGGAAGAUGACACCUCAGAUCCCACCUACACCAGCGCCCUGGGCGGAAAGAUCCCGAUCCGUUGGACAGCACCGGAAGCCAUCCAGUACCGAAAGUUCACUUCUGCAAGCGACGUGUGGAGCUACGGGAUAGUCAUGUGGGAGGUGAUGUCCUAUGGAGAGCGGCCGUACUGGGACAUGACCAACCAAGAUGUAAUAAACGCCAUUGAGCAAGAUUAUCGGCUCCCACCACCCAUGGAUUGCCCCAGUGCCUUGCACCAGCUCAUGUUGGACUGCUGGCAGAAGGACCGUAACCACAGGCCCAAAUUUGGACAGAUUGUCAACACCUUGGACAAGAUGAUCCGGAACCCAAACAGCCUGAAAGCCAUGGCACCCCUUUCCUCUGGGAUUAACCUCCCCUUACUGGACCGCACCAUUCCAGACUAUUCCAGUUUCAAUACUGUGGACGAGUGGCUUGAAGCCAUCAAGAUGGGGCAGUACAAGGAGAGCUUUGCCAGUGCUGGCUUCACCAACUUCGAUGUGGUGUCCCAAAUGAACAUGGAGGACAUCCUGCGAGUAGGGGUCACAUUAGCUGGGCACCAGAAGAAAAUCCUGAACAGUAUCCAGGUGAUGCGAGCACAGAUGAAUCAAAUCCAGUCCGUGGAGGUUUGAGAAGCUGGGUACUUGCACACACCUCUCCCUCAAGGUCCUGUUCCCCUUUUGUCCCUGUGUGUCUGAGCCCUUGGGCGGGUCUUAAUGCUCCCCCAUGGAGACAGCAGCUACAGGGAAGGGGCAGCCACAGGGCAAAGAUGCUGCAGACUUCAAGAAUCCAGAAAAAAAGGGAAGAGGAAGGACUCUUAUUUAGAAGGAUGUUUUAAAAUGAAACAGAACCGCAGUGGAUUUCUCUUUAAGGGCUCUGAGACAAGCAAGCUGGGGAGGGAUCCAGAGGGACCCUUUCGCCCUCCACCUUUGCACGAGUUGGACCUCCUGGGGCACAGAGUGGACCAGAAAGUCUUCAGGGAGGGGGGGGGGAGGUUACAAAACUGCAUGUGUUGCUGGGCAUGCCCUCCCCUUCCCACAACAGCCAGCAGACCUGCGGACCGAAGAGGGGACAAGCGCCGGCAAACUUUCCACCCAUGUAAUGGGGUCACCUCUAGAGUCACAGACUUCAGAGAUGGACACGUCUUUUUAACUUCCUUUCCUCUGAAGGACUGGAUCCAGGCGAAGCUCACCCACCCACCCAUACCUCCUCCUCUGUAUGAAAGAGAAUCUUUUCCCCACACUGGGGAAAGCAAAGUCAUGGGGCUUUCGGAGGUCUUGGUCUCUGUUGCGCUGGGACUGUUUUUGCAAGCGGCGCCUCCUAGAGGCUCUGCACGCUGCACUUCCCGGUGGCAGCUCCUACAUAUCAAUAUGCACAAGACAUUUGAAAGGCUUCAUGGUUUGCCAAUGACCUGCUUCCGGCGGGAAACUCCCUGCCCCUCUCGUCCCGUUCCAUGCAGUAUGUUGUAGAUUUGAUGUGCAUUUCCAUCUGGUUGUCGUUGUUCCAUCUUUUUCUACUUUGUUUACAAUGGGAUGUGGGGGGAGGGGGGAAUUAUUAUUUUGGGGGGAGCCGAGUUGUUUUGUUUUAACAAAAAAAAUGAAAACGGGAUGGCAAAUCCACUGUUCUAUUCCCCCAGGGACACUCUGUUGUCUCCUCCUGGACAGCUUCCUGGCUGAGCACUCCCAGGGGGCCGUGAGCAUUUCAGACACACUCUAACCCCUCCCCAUGUUCUGCCAGGCUGCUCCUAAGUCCUUUGUCAUCCCUUAGCAGUUGUCUCAAAGUUAGUUGGCUUGUCUGCUGUUUCAUAUUGGGGACCACUUGCUGAAUCUCGUGCAGAGAUGUUGUGAUAGUUUUCAAAAAGAUACCAACCUGGGAAUUGCUCCAAGGGGGCCUUAAACUGAGAAAUUCAGCUGGGAGUGAAGAAACAUCUAAGAGGGCUGGAGGAGCAUGGGGCCAAUGGUUCUUGAAGUCCUCUGACACACCCUCAACUGUCCUUGAGCAUCCUGAGGAGACUGGAAACAAAAGUGGAGGUAGGUCAACAACAGGGGAGCCUGUAGCCUUGUCAGGAAAGGCUCACGGCAGGACUUUUAACCUCCAGCCCAAGGCCCCAUAUCUCAGUCUUGGCAGCCACAAGUUGGAGCCCAGCUGGUGCUCAGCACAUGGGUGGUAUUGUGGGUCUCAGACCUGCCAUGGCCAAGCUCUGGCAGGUUGUGAGGAGGACUGUUGGUUGGAGCUUAACCUUGCAGAAAGUCUAUCCUCAUUGACUCAGUCUGCCCUUCUGAAGGUUCAAAGAACAGGGAAAGUUGUGAAUAGUUUGGAAACCCACCAUGCCACUGUCAGGGGGAUCACAGGUUGGAAAGGGUCACUCUGCUUAGCUCGGGGUCUCUUAUUUCUGUAGGAGAAGGUAAUGAUAACCAGCAGUGCCAAUAGUUUUUCAUCUCACAUAAUUUUCAUCUCUCUGGGUUCGAGAGACAAAGGCCUGGUUCAGGAUAAUGGAAAAUUGCAGACAUCUGCUACAUGAAUGAGCAAUGCUUCCUCUUUCAUGCAAAUCAGAAGGAGUUUGUAAACUUUGGCUUCUAAUUUUAAAGUAGUAACAAUUCCCCAUGACAUCCAAACUUUAGCGAACUGUGGUUUGUUUCACCUUAGAGAGAACAAUCUGGGAUCCAGACUAAAGACAAAUCCAGAAUAAAACGUAUCCCCAAAUAAAAGCAUAGAUUCAUUUUUUAUCAAUUAAAUAUUGUGCAAAUGGUCAUGA